AUGAAGCUGAUCCAAAUUCCCGCGAGGCCGCGGCAAGAAGACCGGUCGUUGCACUCGGUCAAGCCGAUCUCGCGGGUCACGGGUCUUCGAUUCAGGAACUGCGCGUGCGCUUUCGACCUCGACGAGGGAUCGGAUCUCCGACUCAUCCCGCGUCGUCACCCCCGCGGCGAUCAGGAAUGGACAUCGCCCGCGUUGCAGUCAACGAUGCGGGACUGCCGGACACCGUCGGCGGCGUUCAGCUCUAAACCCGCCUUGCGCUUCCGGCCCGAAGCCGUCAACAUGGCAGCUCAGAAGGUUCGGUCCGGCUGGGACGAACUGGUGAUCGCCGGUGGCGUCGAGCCGAUGUCCCGCGUUCCGAUGGAUCCGACGGUGGACCGUGGGCGCUCGACCCCCGCCACCAACUACGACAACUACUUCGUGCCGCAGGGCGUCGGCGCAGACCUCAUCGCCACCAUCGAGGGCUUCGCG